AUGCUAAGCAAUAAAUUGGCGAUCAGUAGCCUGUCGUUAGGCCAGCACCCUUCGCACUUGUUAGACCACAAGAUUAGGGUCGCCGCUUCCCACGGCUUUGCGGGUAUUGAGAUCGUCUUCUCUGACAUCGACAUCUACGCACGAGCGAAGAGUCUUUCUCUGUCAGAGGCAGCAGCAGAGAUUCAAGGGAUAUGCAAAGCACACCGGAUCGAGAUUCUGUCCCUAGCUCCAUUUGAGAACUUCGAAGGGCAUAACUCGCCUCUCGAGGAAAGGCUACAGACGGCCAGAAAGUGGAUCGACAUUGCGAGAAUCUUAAACGCGACAUAUCUCCAGGUGCCCGCUCAGUACAGUAGUGACUGCACUGGGGUUGAGGCGGUGGUCGUCUCGGAGUUACAGCAGCUGGCAGAUCUUGCCCGUGCACAACCGCCAAUGGUCAGCAUUGCUUACGAGCCGAUGUCAUGGUCCACACAUUCCUCAACAUGGCAAAGCGCACUGCACAUCGUUCAAUGUGUGGAUCGACCAAAUUUUGGACUUUGCCUAGACAGCUUCCACGAGCUCACGAAACUGUGGGCGAGUCCAUUCGACGCAUCGGGUAAGCUGCCCAACGCGGACGAUGAUCUACGAGCAUCGCUACGCGAUUUCCAAGAUCAUUGCCCUCUCGAUAAGAUCUGCUACGUGCAACUCUCAGACGGUGAACGUUUUAACCCCCCUUUUCAACAUCCCAUCCGUGGUAUCUCGAGGGCGAGGCGCCACAGUUUACAUGGUCACGACAUGCUCGUCCAUUUCCCCUGGAAACGGAGCUGGGUGGAUAUCUACCUGUACCAGAAGUCGUAA